CAGGAUGUGGUCUGUGUUAGCGGUCGUUCUGUUCCUCUCUUUUUCAUCCACCCCCUAAUUCACUUACAUUCGCCACUACUCACAGCAGAGUGCUCCCGUUCCCAGCAGUAUAACGAUUUCUCGUUGACACUAAUCUCUCGGUGGCUUUUUCUGUGGUCAGCACCAUGGCAGAGCAGGAACCGACAAAGGAGCAGCUGGAGGAAAUAGCAGCAGCCAACCAGGAAGCAGAGGCCGCUGUCGACUACAAACCUCCGGCCCAGAAGAGCUUGCAGGAGAUCCAGGAGCUGGACAAAGACGAUGAGAGUCUGCGUAAAUACAAGGAGACGCUGCUGGGUAACCCCGCCGUGGUUGCAGACCCCACUGUUCCCAACAUCGUAGUGACAGAAAUGUCUCUGGAGUGUGAGGCAGCGCCACAUCCUCUGGUCCUGGAUCUAACAGGAGACCUGGAGACCUUGAAGAAGACCACGUUUGUGCUAAAGGAAGGAGUGGAGUACAAAAUUAAGAUCAAGUUCAGGGUCAACAAGGAGAUAGUGUCAGGACUGAAGUACAUUCAGCAGUCAUACAGGAAAGGCAUCAGAGUGGACAAGACUGAGUACAUGGUUGGCAGCUAUGGGCCAAAGUCUGAGGAACAUGAAUAUAAGACCACUAUGGAGGAGGCGCCCAAAGGGGUGUUGACCCGUGGCACCUACAACAUCAAGUCUAAGUUUACUGACGACGACAAACACGAUCAUCUGUCCUGGGAGUGGAACCUUGCUGUCAAGAAAGACUGGAAAGAUUGAUUUCCCUAAUGCCAGCCUCCAUCAGUGUCUUCCUCUGCUUUUUUUUUCUUUUCUGUCUCUCUUGCUAUCAUUCCAUUUCUGGAUCAUCUGUUGCACUCACCGUCCAAUAGCUCCAAAUUAGAUUUUUCAGCUUGAAAUUCCAAUUGGAUCAGUAUUCCUCCCAGUGUCUGUUAAAUAUUAAAUCACAAAACGGUCCAGAUUCUGCUGUAAUAGUUUGUUUAGAAAAGCCAAAAGGACACUUUAAAAAAAAGUCUAAAACUAAAAAA